GAAAAGUGCACCACAGCAAAAUCCAAGGACACUUCAUUCUAGUGAACUUCGACUACUCGUUUAACUAUUUCUGGGCGUGAGUGUUCCACGCAUAAAAUACAAAUAACUGGGCUCACUUUGCAAGUUCAGGUUCAUCACCAAAGGAACCAAAGAAUGUAAUUGGGCUCCGCAGAAAGUAAGGUGCUGCAAAAAGAUUUACCUUUGAUAUUCGGAGAGAGACCACGCAUCCCGGGUGGUGAAUGGUAAGGGAAAGAACUCCUGCCACUGGUCUCAUCGAGGCUUUUCUUCCACCCUGCCCGUCCCAACCCCCUCGAGCCGGGGCCUAGGGCAGAGGCGAGAGGGUCCGGGUAGGAGCUCACCUGAACACACUGCUGGUAGCGCUUGAAGAGGUCGGUGCAUGGGUCCCCGGAGCCAUCCCCCUUGAGGAACUUCUCGGCAAACCAGCGAUUGAAGCACUGGUCGUACUCGCGCUUCAUGUCGGUGCAAGCCUCCCCUACGCUGUUCAUGGCGUCGGCGUCCGCGGCGGUGGCGGCGCUCUCGGAUGUCAUCACUUUUGAGCGCGUCGCGCGCUUAGGAGAGGAUGCGCUACGGCGGCCGAGAGGGAGCGAAAUGUGGGCGCGGGCCGUGCACCUGGGUCUUCGGGCUGCGGCGCGCGGGCGCCGGGGCUUCACCUCCAAGGCGGAUCCUCAGGGAAGUGGCCGGGUCACGGGCGAGCUGAUCCAGCACCUGGAGCGGCUAUCGCUGGUGGACUUCGGCAGCCAGGAGGCCGUGGCCCGGCUGGAGAAAGCCAUCGCCUUCGCCGAUCGGCUCCGCGCGGUGAACACCGACGGAGUGGAGCCCAUGGAAUCAGUCCUGGAGGACAGAUGUCUGUACCUGAGAUCUGACAAUGUGGUAGAAGGCAACUGUGCUGAAGAACUACUACAAAACUCCCACCGAGUUGUGGAAGAGUAUUUUGUGGCUCCGCCAGGUAAUAUCUCUUGGUCAAAGCUGGAUGAAAAACAGCCCUUCUCACACCACUGAGUAGCUAUUUUGGGAAGGGGCAUUCUAUGAACACAUGGAAGUGCAGAAACUAUUUUGCAACAAGUAUUUUGUUAUUAUGAACACUAAUGUACCACUUCCUUCAGUCAUCUGAAAAAAGUGAUGGCUAGGUAUCUUUUACUAAUUCUUCUGAAGAUAGAACUGGGAAAGAUCUAGCCAAAAUAAAGCAGAGUCCCUGACACCAACAGGAAGUGGAAGGUAUGGCUGAUUUCCAAGGAAAUGGAUCAAGUAUAUUCAUAGAUACUCAUAGACCAUUCAGUGUGGAAGACUUUAUCCCUCCCUAAAAGACUGUCUACCAAACUGCACUUAAGUGAAUCUAUUUAUGUAAUUGUUACAGACCUUGCAUCCGAUCACUUCAUGACCACCCUUUUAGUUGCUGUUUCCGUCAACCUGAGCAGCCUUUUAUCUUUACUAAACAUACUUAAAUUUGUUCUUGGGUACCCACUGUGUUUCAAGCAGAGUGCUGACUUUCUGCUAUGGUUGAAGGUGCCCCGGGUAGGCAGUUUGGGGAGGUGAUGGGUUGUUUAUGACCUUCACAGUUGUCAUUUCAUGUGUGCGUAAUUUCACCCCAAACUCAUUGAGUUGUAUAGCUCAGUGUAAAAAGUACAGCUUUUAUGGGUUGACUAUGUUUCAAUGAAGUGGUUUAAAAAAAAAGCCUGUGACAAUGUAGCCCCCUUACCCCCACUCCCUGCCCCAUGAUUACUGAACUAAGCAGAAUCCAAGACAGUGGGAGGUUUUGGUUUUGGGAUCCAAGACAGUGGGAGGUUUUGGUUUUGGGGUUUGUCUUUUUUUAUAGCUCAGAUACCAAGGACAAAUAUGAGAUAAAUUUAGGAGGGAAAGUGACAGAACCAAAAGUUAAAUAUUUGAGUUUUUUUCCCUGACCAACUUGCUCAAGUUGGUUUUGGUUAAGAAUUUCCCAAUGAUCUUUACGCUGGCACCCACUUUUAAAAACCUGUUUUUAGCCUUCUCAUUCCCUUCCCCUAUCUGCAAUGCUCCUCUUUUCAUUAAAGCAGCUUAGUUUACA